AUGCACCUUUUGAGCAAAUCGCCCAUGGUGAUUUACAUUGAAGACUUCAUCACCGACGAGGAGCGGCUGCACUUGCAAAAGAUUGCAGACGGCCACUUCAAGCAUUCAGCAGUCGUCAAAGGCGGCAACUCGGCCAUCCACUCCGUCCGCACCUCCCAGUCCACCACCGUCGACCGCGACGCCGUCGUGCGCUGCAUCGAGGCCCGCGCCCUCGACUUCCAGGGCUUUGACGUGCCCGAGUCGCACCUGGAGCCCAUCCAGCUGGUCAAGUACGCCGUCACGGAGCGCUACCACUUCCACACCGACUGGUUCACCGACCCCUCGCACGCGGCGGCGUCGCUGGGCGGCAACCGCAUCAGCUCCUUCUUCGGCUACGUCAAGGCCGACAACGUCACCGGCGGCGGAACCAACUUCCCCGUCCUCGACGCCCCCCGGGAUGAGCGGUGGUGCAAGUUCAUCGACUGCGAUGAGGAGUACGACUCGGGGGUGACGUUUCGGCCGAUUGAAGGCAAUGUCGUGUACUGGGAGAAUCUGCUGCCGGAUGGGAGGGGGGACCAGAGGACGCUGCAUGCGGGACUGCCGGUGGUCAGCGGGGAGAAGAUUGGGAUGAAUAUCUGGACGAGGCAGAUGCCGCUUGCUGCGGAUAUCCGGGGGGCUUGA